AUGGAGGAAGCCACCAACAGGAAGAGACGGGUAAGGAAAAGGUGGCCACAGUUGGGCUGGAAAAACCUGGGAGCUGCACACCUGGGGAAAGUCCUGGUCCACACAGGCCUGGUUCUGCCCAGGCCCCAGAGAGCAGCCCUGAGUGUGGAGGAGACAGACAUGGAGACACCGGAAAAAAGAAGCCAGGACUCCAACCUCCCAGGAGAGCCACCCGAGCAUGAAGUACUGUCACCUGCCCCCAUUAACUUGCUGCAACACUGGUCCAAGCGGGUUGUGUCCGCUGCAUGCCUAGACCACCGCAGCGAUCUGUCUGGACAGUGUCCCUGGAGACGCCUGAGCGACAUGUCCAGGGCACAGAUCUCGGCUCUGGUGUUUGGCGUCGGGGGCUUUGGCGCUCUCGUCGCUGCCACUGCGUCUAGUGAGUGGAAAGUAACUAACUACCCGAGCAUCCUCGGUGAUAACGGCCACUUGGGUUUACCAGGGUCUGUGGAUGAACUGCGCGGGCGUUCCCGGAAGGCGGCGUGGCUGGGGGUAGACGCGGACGGAGCGGCCGCGGGUGCUCCACUCCAGGUUCCUACGGAGCGGAGGCGCCCGGGGCUCCAGACUCCCCGCCAGCGCCGGCAAGAUGCUGCCGGCGUACCCGGAGGUGCCGCCCAGCCCGCUGCAGGACGCGAACCUCUGCUCCCGCCUGUUCUGUUUAAACAAUCUGUUUUUCCUUUUCUGGAGACUUUUCCGUUACUUGAUGAGCUAUCCCAGUGCAACCCUCAGCUGCCAUCAGAUGGUAAAACCGUAGUGGACAUGGAAGAUUUCACUGCCUUUUGGGAUGAGUCGUCACUGUUGAGUGCUGUGCUGGGGGAGCUGCCCCCGAGCCAGGGGCUGGUCAGCGUGCACGGGAGGAUCGCGUAUGUUUCUCAGCAGCCCUGGGUGUUUUCAGGAACUCUGAGGAGUAAUAUUCUGUUUGGGAAGAGAUAUGAAAACGAACGGUAUGAAAAAGUAAUAAAGGCUUGUGCUUUGAAAAAGGAUUUACAGCUUUUGGAGGAUGGAGACCUAACCGUGAGAGGAGACCAGGGAACCACGCUGAGUGGAGGCCAGAAAGCCCGGGUCAACCUCGCCAGAGCCGUGAAUCAGGAUGCAGACGUCUACCUCCUGGACGAUCCGCUCAGUGCAGUAGAUGCAGAAGUGAGCAGACACCUGUUCGAGCUGUGUGUUUGUCAAGCCUUGUAUCAGAAGAUCGCAAUACUAGGGACUCAUCAGUCGCAGUACCUAAAAGCUGCAAGUCAGAUUCUGGUAUUGAAAGAUGGCAAGAUAGUGCAAAAGGGGACUUACACUACAUUUCCGAAAUCUGGGGUAGAUUUUGAAGAUAUCCUUUUAAAGAAGGUGAACGAGCAGGCUGAACUGUCUCCAGUUCCAGGAACUCCCACUCUGAGGAAUCAGACCUCUGAGUCCUCAGUUUGGUCUCAACAGUCUUCCAGACCCUCGCUGCAAGGUGCCGCUCCAGAGGACCAAGAUACUGAGCAUAUACAGGUUACACUACCACUGGAGAGCUAUUCGGAGGGAAGAGUUCACUUUAAGACCUACAUGAAUUACUUCACAGCCGGUGCUCACUGGCUUACCAUCACUUUCCUUCUUCUGGUAAACAUCGCAGCUCAGGUUGCCUACGUCCUUCAGGAUUGGUGGCUUUCAUACUGGGCGAGUGGACAGAGUACACUGUAUGCCAUGGUGUAUGGAAAAGGAAACCUGAUUGAGGCCUCUCACUGUUGUGGCCUCUCCCCUUGCGGAGCACAGGCUCCAGACACAGGCUCAGCGACCAUGGCUCACGGGCGCAGCCGCUCCGCAGCAUGUGGGAUCUUCCCGGACUGGGGCACGAACCUGUGUCCCCUGCAUUGGCAGGCAGACUCUCAACCACUGCGCCACCAAGGAAGCCCUAUUUUAAUUUUUAUAUGCAUAGCAGUUCUAACUGUAGGUACUGUCCUUUUUGGCAUCACAAGAUCUCUGUUGAUAUUCUGCGUUCUUGUUAAUUCUUCACAAAUUUGGCACAACAAAAUGUUGGAGUCCAUUUUGAGAGCUCCGGUAUUGUUCUUUGAUAGAAAUCCAAUAGGAAGAAUUUUGAAUCGUUUCUCCAAAGACAUUGGGCAUAUGGAUGACUUGCUGCCCCUGACAUUUCUUGAUUUCAUCCAGACAUUUCUCCUUGUGAUUGGCAUGGCAGGCGUGAUGGUGGCUGUGAUUCCUUGGACUGUGAUGCCCCUGGUUCCCCUUGGCAUCAUUUUCUUUGUUCUUCGGCAAUAUUUCUCAGAGACGUCAGGAGAUGUCAAACGCCUGGAAUGUGCAGCACAGAGCCUAGUGUUUUCCCACUUAGCAUCUUCCUUCCGGGGACUCUGGACCAUCCGGGCGAACAAUGCUGAACAGAAGUUUCAGGAACUGUUCGAUGCGCACCAGGAUUUGCAUUCAGCUUUGGAUGCUGGUAAGGUGGGCCUGGCGCUGUCUCUCGCCCUCACGCUCACGGGGAUGACCCAGUGGUGCGUCUGGCAAAGCGUCAGAGUUGAGAAUAUGAUGAUUUCCGUAGAAAGAGUGAUUGAAUAUACAGACCUCGAGAAAGAAGCACCCUGGAAAUACUUCUUUCAUCUUCCACCACCAGCCUGGCCCCAUGAAGGACAGAUUUUCUUUCAAAAUAUUAACUUAAGGUAUAGCUUGGAUGGGCCUCUGGUAUUGAAGGACCUGUCAUUAAUUCAAGAGAAAAGGUUUGUUGGCAUUGUGGGAAGAACGAGAGCUGGAAAAAGUUCCCUCAUCGCUGCCCUUUUUAGACUGUCAGAACCUGAAGGUGAAAUUUCCGUCUACGGGAUCUUGACAACCAUAAUUGGAUUUCACCAUUUAAAGAAGACAAUGUCAGGUGUACCUCAGGAACCGGUUUUAUUCACUGGAACAAUGAGGAAAAAUCUGGAUCCCUUUAAUGAGCAUACGGAUGAGGAACUGUGGAAUGCCUUAGAAGAGGUAUAAUUUAAAGAAGCCAUCAAAAGUGUUCCUGGCAAAAUGGAUACUGAAUUAGCAGAAUCAGGAUCGAACUUCAGUGCUGGACAGAGACAACUGGUGUGUCUUGCUAGGACUAUUCUCAGGAAAAGUCAGAUAUUGAUUAUUGACAAAGCCACAUCAAAUGUGGACCCAAGAACUGAUGAGUUAAUACAAAUAGUCCAUGAGAAAUUUGUUCAGUGCACUGUGCUAACCAUCACAAACAGAUUGACCACCAUUAUUGACAGCGACAGGAUAAUGGUUUUGGAUUCAGGGAGACUAGAAGAAUACGAUAAGCCAUAUGAUUUGCUGCAAGAUAGAGACGGCCUGUUUUACAAGAUGGUGCAACAACUGGGCAAGGACGAGGCUGCAGCCCUCAUUGAAACAGUAGAACAGGUGCACUUCAAAAUGACAUAGACAGAUAUUACUCACAGUGACCAUGUGGUUAUGAACGCUUCCCAUGGACAGCCCUCAGCCUUAACAAUUUUUAAGUCAGCACCGUGAUUCUCCCAUGAGGUCAAGUCUAUUCCAAAGGUAUUUCUCCAAUAGUUUUUGCUCUGCAUAAGCUACACUGUACUUUCUUUACACCAGCAACGAAUACUUACACAUACAAGAUGUUCGUUUAUUUGGAUUAUUUUCUCCAACUUCACCCAACGAUUCUAAGCUCUUACAAAAGGAUUAUUUUUCUUACCUAAAUCAGAGGUACAGGCCACCAAUAAAAGCUGUCUCCCAGUUUUUGUGCCUUGACAGACUCCAGAGACAAAGCACAUUUCCUAAGGUGCAAGACAAAGCUGUCACAGAUGUUUCUUACUAUUCCCCAAAUUAUAUACCCCUGGUCCAAUUAUAUCAGGGAUUCUAUUUAGUUGACGUGUGUGAAGUUGCCAUUUGUCUCACCACUUCCGUUAACAGAACUGGGUUCCAUACCCAAAGACCUCUGGUUAAAAUAGUAAGAGAAAACUAAUAGGAAAAACAAAAAAUAUACCUUAGUUUAAGUGACAUUGUAUGAGAAAGAGGCAUCCCCUCUCCAGAAAAAAAAAAAAUAGAUAUAGGGUUAAAAUACAGAAGGACAAUAUUAUAUGUUCUAAAAGAGAAGGGAGAGAAAAUAUACUUUUUCAAAAUAGGAGCCCUUCUAGGGGAUUUCAUAAUGAAGGACAGAUGUAUGAUUGAUUGUCUUUUAGACUGAAGAUCUUAAUUUUUUUUAUUGUGGUAAAAUAUAUAUAACAUAAAAUUUGCCAUAUAACCAUUUUUAAGCAUACAAUUCAGUGUCAUUAAUCACAUUUACAGUGUUGUGCAACCAUCAAUGUCUGGUUAAUUUUGGGUAAUUAUUUUAGGACUAUUCAGUUUGUUAUUUCUAUAGUCAUUUUUGGUACAAUUUAUUUCUCUAGGAGUGGAUCUCCUGUGAGUUUUGAA